CAAAGUACGGAGUUCUUUGAAAAAUUACAGCUGCUGAGAACUGUGUGGAGUUUUACUCUAUUUGCCACGUAACGAAUGAUAAGAUAGCUAUAAUUAAAUUAGCGGAAAGAUCCGGGAAGUCAGUGUUCCGAAAUGAUUGAUUAGCGAUAGUACCCGCCAGCGCUCUUCUUGGAAAAAAAAAGAACUUUAAGUAGAAUAAAUGGAUAUUCGUUGACAAUGAGUGGAGAAAGAUGUGCGAUUUGCGACAAGUUACUGAAGGAUAAAUGGGAGAUUCACUGAAAGAUGUGUGGCUGAUACACAGGAAAAUACAUUAAAAUAGACGACUAAUAUGUCGCUUGAAGAUACUUUCUUGCACUGCUGGAAAGUAGAAUUGACAAAAAAGUAAAACAUCUUCGUGUUGACGAGAAAGUGUUAAGAGCCUGAUGUGCCUCGGGUGUGAACAACAGGCUUAGCGUCUGCUCGAAUUGCCUGUUUGUAGUUCUGUGCAGUAGCAUCUGUUCUGUUAUCAUAAAGUUAAAUGCGAUUGUAACAUGACAUAUUGCUGCGAUCGGUGCACGUAACUACGUGUUGUAAAUAUGUCUGCUAGCAGUCGUUUGGAUCGUGUUUACCGAAAUAUUUUACAGACAAAAUUUUUUACGAAAGGUUGGGGGAACACAGAAAAUCUGAAAAGGCUGUUUGAAUUUAGAAAAGUGGUUUCAAGGCGAGAAUCUUGUUUUAACUUGGUACCCCCGGAUUAUCCCGUAUCUGUGUUCAAAGAUGAAACUGUGGGAGACUAUAGGAUCCUUGAAGGAAAUUUUUUGUCACCAUUUGUGAAGCACCUGCCCAACAUUUUGCCUAAAGAAGCAGAAACUGCCUAUUUUCAGGCUGUUCUCCCAGCUGAAUGGCAAUCAAAGCAAUACAGACCAGUAUGCAUCCAUUUGGCUGGUACAGGUGACCAUGGAUACUGGAGGAGAAGACAAAUAAUGGCUAAACCACUUAUAAAGGAAUCUGGUAUUGGUGCUGUAUUGCUGGAGAAUCCAUUUUAUGGCCUGCGAAAGCCUAAGGAUCAAGUUCGUUCCAGUCUCCAUAAUGUUUCCGACAUAUUUGUUAUGGGUGGUUGCCUGAUACUAGAAUCUCUGGCAAUUCUUCACUGGUGUGAGAAGUCUGGGUUUGGACCCCUCGGUUUAACUGGAAUAUCAAUGGGAGGACACAUGGCAUCACUGGCAGCUACAAAUUGGCCAAAGCCUAUUGUACUAGUUCCUUGUCUGUCUUGGUCUACAGCAUCAUCUGUUUUUACUGAGGGAGUUAUGAGUGAGUCCAUCAACUGGGAUUUGCUUGCAUCACAGUACUUUUCUGAUGACACCUAUAGAGAAGAAAUUCGUAAAAUGGUGACUGUGAAAGAGGAUGCAUUCCGAGCUGGACAGCAUUUUGCGAAGCAUUACCCUCAGAGUUUGGAUCGUGUCAAUGAACUGAGAAGAGAGUCACAGGUCACGGAUGCAGGUGAAAACAGUAAGGAGGUAAACAGUUCAGAACCAGUUAAAACCAGUGCAGGCUCUUUAAAUGUAACUUUAAUGUGUAAAGACAAAGGAGUGUUCACGUUUCAAAAACAAAACGGAAAUUCAGGUGCCUCCUGUAACCAGAAUUCAUCACUUGAUGUGUCAACACCAUCUGUAAAUAAACAGGAAACAGUUAACGUGGGAGAAGUGUCACAUGUGCAGAAUAACAUUCAGGAAUGCUGUAGAACUGUUAGUGGAAACAUAAAUAAGUUAGACAAUGGUAUUCCAUAUACUCAUAGUGUGGUAUCAAAAUUAAGUAGCAACAUAUUAUCAGUGAACAUUGUUAACCAGAACCUGCCAACAACCAAAAUAAAGGAAUUACUGAGGGAUCUGAAACUCCUAGAAUCUUGGAGGAAGAAUAAUGAAGACCAGAAAAAGAAAGGUAGUAUUCAGCAUCUCAAGAGGAAGCGUGAAUAUGAAGUUCUCCAGUUUAUGCGCGGCAUUAUGGAUGAGUGCACACAUUUGCAAAACUUUGAUGUUCCCGUGGAUACCUCAUUAAUUAUAGCUAUUUGUGCUCGUAAUGAUGCCUAUGUACCUCGUGACAGUUGUACUCACCUUAGUGAAAUAUGGCCUGGUGCAGAAAUACGUUACAUUGAUGCUGGUCAUGUGACUGCAUAUGUGCUUCAUCAGAGUAUUUUCAGAGCAGCAAUUGCGGAAUCUUUUGAACGUCUUAGAAAGAAGUACUAUUUGUGAUCAGAAGCUGGUAACUGUCAUAGUGAAACAAUUGAAUGUUGUUGUGGAAGGUGGCUUUUAAAUUGUAUUAAUUUAUAUUUUUUAUUGUAAAUAAUGGUGUAAAUUAUUUUCAUCAGUAAACUUAAUAGAUUUAGACAAAAUAAAUAUUAAAGAAUUCUG